AUGCUUCAAGAAGGGGAGGAAAGAGACUUCCCAGGUAUGCUUGGCUCUAUAGAUUGUAUGCAUUGGGAAUUGAAGAACUGCCCUACAAGGUGGCAUGGCACACACAGGGGAAGAAAUCAGAAGCCUAUCCUCAUAUUGGAGACGGUUGCAUCGAAAGAUCUGUGGAUCUGGCAUGCUUUCUUUGGUAUGGCUGGUUCAAACAAAGGUGUGAAUUUCUUGGAUCAUUCCCCAGUAUUCAAUAACCUGAUCAAUGGCACAAUGCCUCCGAUUAAUCACGAGGUAAACGGGCAUCGACGUACAAUGGGGUAUUACCUAUCUGAUGGUAUUUAUCUCAAGUGGGCAACUUUGAUUCAGACCAUCCCACACCCAACAAUUGGCAAAGAGAAAUUGUUUGCUAAAAAACAAGAAGCCGUUAGGAAAGAUGUUGAACGAGCGUUUGGUGUGUUGUAA